AAUUUGGCCUAAAACUCGAUGCAAUUGUGCUAUUUGACAAUAGGGGGCAUUUUUAUUUGAAAAGGGUGGUCGGAUUUUUUUGGAACAUACUGUAGACGAUUAUCGGGCCCCACCCAAACGUUUGCAGUUUACCCGGUCCGCAAUACCAAUCCGCACUUUUCACUGGUCCGUCUGUUGUUAAAAUUUAAAUAGAAUAAGAUGGACAAUUACUUGCAACUAUUUGAAAGAAAGAAAUCGUCAACUAAGUUUAAAGAGGGGCUGAUUCAUGAAAUUAUUAAAUUGUACACUGCAGACCAAAAAGUAAGAAUUGGGGGCGAAGUCAUCACUGCUGUCAAUGAAAUUGCACUAAGAUUUGUUGACGAAAUUCUUUGGCGUACCAUAAACCAAGCUCAUAAUGAAGGAGUAAAAGAUGUCAACUUGGACCACAUUGAAAAAAUCAUUCCUCAGCUUUUGCUUGAUUUUGCAUAAAAAUCACUCAAAAUUCUAGAACUGAGCUUCACCUUCAUCAAGGUUGUCAUCCUCAUCUAGAUAACCUUCACCAUUAUCAAAAUAAUUACUGGCAUAAUCUGUCCCUUCAUCCAUUUCUUCAUCAAUCUCUUCCUCUACAUCAUCUUCAACUUCAACUUUCUCGUCAUCACUUUUUUCCUUUUCAUCUUCGUCUUCCUUUCCGUCUAUUAAGCACAAUAGAUGAACAAUUGCAAAUUCCCAAUUUUUAAAUAAAGUUUGAAUUUUCAAACCA